GUGCGGUCCUGGCGCGCCAGUUGUCAACGUUUGUCGGACGCGCGGGAGGUUUAGCGAUCGCAGUGCGCAGCUCAUUUCCUGACUGCUGGUGGUGGCGAGGCAGGUCUUGCUGCUUCUUGACCCUCAGCGGGCUUCCUCUCGAGACUUGGCCAGGCUAAGACAGGCAGUCCUAAGGCAGUGACUAGAUAGACAUACAGAGUCUGUCUUCCAAGCAACACCUGCUUCGCUCCAAGGGCCGUGGCAGUCAGUUUAUUCAAGAUAUAUAGACUAUUAUUGUCGAGUCUAUAUACUUCGUCACUCAACCUCACACGGCGUCCCUCGAGGAGCUCCCGACAGCCGUCUCAGGGAUGUCCCCGGCCCACAGUAAGACGCCUGUGGAGGUGCCCAACAGCCAUGACCAAGAUACUGACAGUUGUAUAAUCAAAGCGACGGGAGAGCAGGAGGACAGCAGCACAAGCCUCCUCCAGGACAGCGACAGACACACUCCCAAAAUCGUCCCUCCCGUCACGAAUGCCUCGCAUCCCUCACUCCCACAGUCUCCUGCAACCACUUCACCCCCACUGUCCCCAAUCCACACCAGCCCCGCGCACUUGGCGAAGAGUCUCCUUGCCCACCUCGACGACCAGAAAGAUGAUGACUUGGGAGCUGAAGGACGGAAAGAAGAGGAAGAAACAAAGAAGAAAGUCAGACAGCGUAGCUCAGGAGUGCCCCGGCGUAUGAGAGACCUCGCAGCCUUCUGGCUGCUCGGCUUCUGCAACAACUUCUCCUACUGGGUCAUGAUCACCGCCGCCUAUGACCUGCUCGCGACUCAGCACCAGGAGUAUAGUGAAAGGUCCGCUCCGGCAGCGCCGCCUGGCCAGCCCCCCAACGCCUCGCUAGAGGUCACCAUCAGCCUCCCUGGGUGGGGUAAUGACUCCUUCGUUAAUACCUUCACGUGUAAUCGCCACUCAACUGGGGCAAUCUUGGUGGCUGACACGUUGCCCGCCACGGCGCUCACCCUCGCGGCACCCCUGACCCUGCUGCUGGGCGUGGGUCUGCGGGUGUGGCUGCUGAGCAUUCUCUGCGUCGUCUCCUACUUAAUACUGGGCCUCACCUCGCCAGACCUCGUGUUUCUCGGCGUGGCUUUGGCUUCCGCCUCACGUGGCCUCUCCGAUCCUACCUUCCUCGGCCACGCCACUAACUAUCACAAACACGUGUUGUCGCUGUGGUCUUCGGGUACUGGCGUGGCGACCUUCGUAGGUCCGCUGCUUUUCUCCGCCAUGACCACCUGGGGUUUGCACCCUCGCCACGCACUGCUCACCUUCCUCGCCGUGCCUCUGCUCAUCGUCUUUAGUUUCUGGUGUUUGCUGAGCAGAGCGCAGCCCGUCAAGGGUCCCUCAGACCUGGAGAAUGUGGACAGCGCCACCCUGGUGUGUGAAGAGGAGGAGAUGGAGGGCAAGAAGCAGAAGAUGGCCGCACGCAUCAAGGAAAAGAUCUUCAUUUUUGGGAGAGCACAGAAGUACCUGUUGCCGAUGGCGGUGUUCUACCUGAUCAUGUACUUCACCAAUCAGGGCUUGCUUGAGAUGGUCUACUUCCCCGUGUCACCGCUCACUCACGCUCAACAGUAUUCCUGGAGCAUCACAAUUCGCUGCCUUGGGACUUUAAUUUCACGAAGCUUCCACAAGCUGUUCCUUCUUCCCUCCAUGUGGCUGUGUUUUUUUUUCCAGUUGGUGAUUGCGGCAGUGGUAGGGACGGAGGCUCACUUUCACUACCUCCCUUCACUGUAUAUCAUAUUCGCCCUCAUGUUCGUGCAGGGGCUCACUGAGGGCGCCACCUUCAGAGCAGCCGUCUUUUCUUUGCAUAACAAGACAAAUGAAGAAGACCGAGAGUUCACCAUGGCCAUCUUCCCCGCCUUCCUGUUCCUUCCCGCCAUGCUGGCAGGCUUCGUCUCCAUCCCCACCCAUGAGUACCUGUGUCACCACCAUCUCUACCGCCAGUGACGCCGCCACAAGGAUGAACACGGGAAACCGGCCUUUCCGCUGCACCAGGAGACUGAUGUACUGCACGUACAGUGAUGAGCCAAGUUUGUGGACGCGGUCUCGCAAUCUCUAGCACUUGAUCAGUAUUAUGACGUGUUAUGCAGUGCACUUGUGGUCCACGUUGAACAACGCUCUACAUUAGUCUCCAUUGAGUUUAAGGUUUUUCUGCAAGCUUUAGUUUUCUGGUCUGAUGAUUUCGUAAAAAAAAUCUGACAUGUGAUACAUUUCCAAAUAUUCAGAGGACUCAGGGUUGCAAAAAAGAAGUAAAAUACAACGAAUGUACGAGUAUAUAUAGGGAAGAAUUCACUCAUGUGACUGUACAAGACAUCGCUACUAUCGCCCUGCCUAUGGUGAGACUAUGUAUGUGAGCGUGUAUAUUAUAUAUAUAUAUAUAUAUAUAUAUAUAUAUAUAUAUAUAUAUAUAUAUAUAUAUAUAUAUAUAUAUAUAUAUAUAUACGCAGAAGUGCAAAUCAAUAGAAUGUAUAGUAAUUAUAUAUCUAUCGAAACAAUAAACAAUGAAAACAGGGAUAGUGUUUCCUACAGCGUUGUUAAUGCCAUGCUCUGCCUCGCAAACUAAGAAGAUACAAAGACGAGCUCCUCCAGUUUGAUGGGAUUGUGAGGGUGAUGAGGUGCGGCUUCAAACGCGCUCCGAGUCGCCAGGGUGACAGUUAGGCAAGGGAUCAGACAAAAGGUCACCUAGCGAGCCGCGCAGUGUUGAAGUGAACACCUUACGAACUGGUGUUUCGGAAUGAAUAAAUGAACUGACAUCCAAAGAAACUGUC